UCAAGAGUUCAGAUUCCACACCCGGCUGCGCUCAGGAAAAAAAUGGACAGAGACACAGAUUUUCUGGGCAGAUAUCGCUCCAUUUCCAGUAAAUUAAAGAAACGAUUUCUUCGGAAGCCCAAUGUUGCCGAAGCAAGUGAUCAGUUUGGUUCAUUGGUGAAGACCCUUGAGAAUCAGGAGUGUGCCUCCUACGCAGCUGUCUGUUGCUUAGCCAAAGCCAGAUGUGAGCACACUUUAUCCAACAUGCCAGCAGAGGCCGAGGCGUUGGUGAGCGCAGCGCAUCACUUCAUGCACGCGGAGGAGGGGGACCACGCCCUGAAAUGCCCCAGCUUCGAGGAGAAUCUCACGGCUGCCAUCAACUGCUACAACCAUGCUGUUAGGGUGUACAUUGAGAUGAAGCAACCGGCAUUGGCAGCGACACUGUCCAUACAACUUGCAGAGUCAUUGAGGAAAUUGGAGAAGCGUGGUGAAGCAAUGGGGCACUACCAGCGGGCAGCAGAUUUACAAUAUCAGAGUCCUUUAGACUGUCUUCAUUCUUUGGGGAACGUUGCUUCCUGUAAAAUAGAAACGGGUGAUUUUGACGGCGCUCUGGGUGUGCUGACUGAAAUGGAAUAUCUUGCCCAGGAGAGAGGGACCAGUGGCCAGGGGGCCAAGCCCAUCGGGGCAUUCUCCGACGUCUUGGCAAACUGCCAAGUUUCUCGGGUCCUGCUGCUGAUGCUGCUACAGCCGACGCCUCAGCGCAUCAGACCAGAACAUGCCCAGACAUUAGAGAGAUAUGCCUGGGAAUCAACUGAGGAAAGUAGCCCAGUUGUUGAAUGUUUAAGUGAGGAGCUUUUCCUUCUGAUGCAGUCAGUGGUGAUGGCGUGUCAGUCAAGGGACAUAGACUCGUUACAAGCACUGCAGGCUGACCUGUGGAAUCAUCUGACAUCCGAACAGAAUCAUCUUCUACAUCUUGUCAUAACCAAACUCUCACAUGCGGACCAAGAAACGACAUACGAGUAACUUUUUUUUUUAUAUUGGUGUUAGGGAGACACAUAGCUACAAGUUUAAGCUUAAAAUCUGCCGUUCAAGUAUCACAGUUUCAUGUGUGUGUAGCUUUUUUUUUGUCAGGUCAAUAUAACUAGGGAUGCAGUUAAGUCCAUCACAAGUUCAGUCGUAAGUCCAGUCACAAGUAAAUCACAAGU